AUGAAGUCGGUGGCCCACGGCGAGAAGAACAUUCGAAAUGUGGAACCAGAUACACGGCCAAUUCACUUUUGGCCCUACGAGAAGCUUGACGAUCGGACACAUGAAGCUACCGCCAUGAACCGCGCGACUGUCACCCCGUCGCAGUCGACUGGCCCUGCCGAGGAGACCCAGGAGGAAUGGUUCAGACGCGUGCAUGCUGAAGGUGUCCGGAAGUAUGGUGUGGACCUCACUAUGGCCAAGGAGACUGCAGAUGCAACACCGCAUCAGACUACCGAGCUCUCAAGCAGCGAGCAAGUCACGGUCCCUUCCCAAACAUCUCCCAGCGUGGCCGCACAACAUCGUGAUGGCUUCUCUUCCAGCGCACAAGAGCCUCCUGCUAUCCCAGGGUCGCUUGCAGACGUACUCGAGCCAGGAGACAUACAAUCUAGCGCUGGUGCGGCUGUCGAUUCUAGUCCCGUCGAGGGAGACGUGUCUCAGCAUUUGACAAGCACUGACGCCGAGAUUACUGCGGAAGAGUACUCAACAGUGGACCGAAACAAUCGUAGCAAGCAUUUCCAGAGCGCCGAAAAGACCAGACUGUCAGAUCCGAUUCGAAACAGAUUUGCCGCGCUCACGAAGCGCAAACUUGGAGGAGACAAGAAAGGACAGCGAGCCAACGAAGAGUCAGAAGCCACUGAGCCACAAGCGAAGAAAGCCAAGCUCAACAAGAAUAAGGGCGCCCCAUCUACCGCCUCGGAAAAGGCAAUGACUCAACAGCGGGAAGGCAAACACACGACCAUCACAGAUCCGUUCAGGCAACUCACCAGCGGUCCAAAUCACAAUGCGGGCAACGAGUUUACUAGCCCCGGACGGGUCAGCAGGUGA